GGUUAGAAAAUGACGAUAUAUUCUGUCUUCUGAAUGAUUAUAUCAAACACUGAUGAUUUUUUUCAGUACAUUUCACGUGACUGCACAGGUUACUGAACGGAGUGUAAAUGACUACGGCUUCGUUUAGGAGCAAAAGUGUGCUCGUUUUGACAUGAUUAUAGCUAAGGCUAGCUUGUUAGCAUGCUUGUUUACGUCGAAGCUGUGCGACAUCAGAUGUAACUUCACUCCGAAUCGGCACUGAAGCUGAAAGUUGAGAUUCACAAUAACAAGAUGUUUCUGGUUGGGCUGACGGGAGGUAUUGCCUCGGGGAAAAGCACAGUGUCGUCAAUGCUGCGGGAGCUCGGAUGUCCAAUUAUUGAUGCUGAUGUCGUUGCCAGGAAAGUUGUGGAACCGCACAGUUCGGCUUAUUCGCGUAUCGUCUCCCACUUUGGGACCGACAUCCUGCUUGACAACGGGGAGAUUGAUAGGCAGAAGCUGGGCCAACUCAUCUUCAGCAAUGAGGUCAAGAGGAAGCUGCUGAACUCCAUCACACACCCGGAGAUCCACAAAGUCAUGUUGAAGGAGAUCCUGUUCUACUUUCUCAGAGGAUACCGCUAUGUGGUGCUCGAUGUUCCUCUCCUUUUUGAAACCCGGCGACUCACACGGUUUCUGAACCACACGGUCGUAGUAUACUGUGACCCUGCCACUCAGUUAGCCCGCCUGAUGCAGAGGGACGGUCUGACACAGGAGCAGGCAGAGCAACGCGUGGCCGCACAGAUGCCACUCAACGAAAAGCGCGGCCUGGCCAACCACGUCAUUGAGAACUCGGGCAGCCGCGAGGACACCCACAGGCAGGUUCUGCGACUGCACACGAAGCUGGAGGACUCCAUGGAGUUCCUGUUUGUGAGGGUCUUGGCCAUCGCUGCCACUGCCGGGCUGAGUGGGAUUCUGCUGUACGCAGCAAAGAUGCUUUUGUCGUAAUGGAGGAGAAGAUAAAGGGAGUAAAGUGUGUGUGUGUGUGUGGUCAAAGAUGGUGGUGUUGCAGCCGUGUGGGAGGUACUGAUGUGGUUGACGGCGGUGAAUUUCACAGUAACCCCUCGACCCAUAAGCGCUGCGGUAUCAUACAGUCUGUUUGGUCUUCAUAUGGGCGAGCAUUAACAAAA